UAAGUUUUGAAGAAGGUUUGUUUAGUGUUGUUAUCGUAAAACUUUCGAAAUAAGAUAAAAAAAUAGAUUAAAAGUCUAAUUAGCACGCUUUAAUCUUACGCAUAACUCUAGCACAAGUUAGUCUUCAAGACAGAACAUAGAUUAAGUGUUAAAAUAUGGCAAAAAUUGCCGAAAUACGUAUGUUGUUUGAAGCGAAAAUAAAAGAUAGUUUAUCAGAAAAACCUGGGUGUUUCGAUACACGGGAUUUGGAAAGGGCUAAAAGUGAUAAAUAUUUGUACAGAGUUCUAGAACACUGUCAGAAUAACGUGCAACUUGCCGUCGAUAUGUUAUACGAUAUAAUGGUAUGGAGGAAAGAUAUAGGGGCCAACGAUAUCUCACAUGAAACCGUAAAUAUGGACUAUUUGAAAGAAGGCGUCUUUUUCCCACACGGUAGAGACAUCGACAGCUGCCUGUUGUUCAUUAUGAAAGCUAAGCUUUAUGUUAAAAGUCAGAAAAACGUUGAAGAAGUAAAAAAAGUUAUCAUAUACUGGCUGGAGAGAAUCGAACGAGAGGAGGACGGUAAAAAGAUCACUUUAUUCUUCGACAUGGAAAGCUGUGGCCUCAACAAUAUGGACAUAGAGGUCAUAAUGUAUAUGGUAACGUUGCUAAAGAGUUAUUAUCCUAACAUGAUUAAUUAUGUGAUUGUAUAUCAGUUACCGUGGAUGUUGAGUGCAGGUUUUAAGAUUGUGAAAGGUUUGUUACCAGCUGCAGCUGUUGAGAGACUACGCAUGAUUAGUAGAGACAAGCUAAAGGACUUGGUCGCUCCUGAACAGGCUUUAGUGUGCUGGGGGGGUAAAGAUAGUUACGUUUUUCAGUUUUCACCAGAAAAUAGGGUGAAUAUAGACAAAACUCCCAAGCAUGUAAGCUUUGCUGAAGACUGCCAGUCAAGAGAAAUGUUACUUUUAUCCCCCAGCAAAUCGUUAGUAUUUAGGAACUUUAACGAAAGAAUUGCCACACAAUUAUCUAUCACUAACAUGGAGGAAAGCUGUAUUGCAUUCAAAAUAAGAACGACUGCACCCGAAAAGUAUGUUGUGCGCCCAAGCACUGGUACAUUAACCAGUAAAGCAUCGCAAACUAUAAAUAUCACAGUAAACUCAGGCUUCCCAUUGACGUUUGUGGAGAAAGACAGAUUUUUAGUUGUUUCUAUUAAAAUUCCAAGUACUAACAUAUCACAGAAAGAUUUGGGUGACCUAUGGAAGGCUACAAGCAUGAAAGCAGAUGAGUAUAGGCUGAAAUGCUCAACAGGUGAUGUGGGAAAGAGUUCAACGAAAUUUGAAAAAGUUAACGAUACAAACUCUGUUGAGUUCAAACUCAGAGACAUACAAGAGAGUCACAAUAAAUUGGUUAAAAAUUUAGAUACAGUCAAAUUGUAUCAAAUUUUUACAUUAUUUCUGAGUUUUGUAGGUGUUAUUUUUGGGUAUUACGCUUAUAAGAAUAUUAAAAAUGGAUAUUGUCAACAAUAGAUCAAUAAAGGAGACUAGGCAAAAGUCCCAACCCCGGCACAAAAAUCACAAAAAUUUGUACAUUUGAUGUGCAUUAAAUGUAACAAAUAAAAAGGUUGCUGUGAUAAUUAUUUCAGGCUUGAAUACAGGGUGUAUUAUUUAUCUAUUUUACUUGUAUGUGAUAUAAAUACAUUUAUUUUUUAUACACAUAAAAUGUAUAAAAAUCUGAGAUAGGUUGGUUACUUUGGCUCAAGGCCUGAAAUAAUUUUUAUUGUAAUCUGCCCAGGCUCUUUUGAAUAUAUUAUAUUUUUUAAACUAUUGCAUAUUAUACAGGAGCUUUUUACAGCACAGUGUAGGCAUUAGGUAGGAAUAAAUUGUUGAAUCUGUAAAACAAAAAAAUUGAUAACAUCGACGAAACAUACAUAAACGCGUCAUGAGUCAUUAUAACACGACCACUAACACAUUAUGCAUGCAAACCAAGGUGGGAAAGCGUUGUUUUUUGAUGGUAUAUUUAUGCGUUAUCUGUUAUUUAGUCUAGACAGGUUAUUGGAAUUUAUUGAGGUUUUGGUGUUUUCAUAUUUGUGGGAGUGAACAGCAUUUAUGACGUCACAAAAUGCAAUAUUGCAAAAUAUCCACUAUUAUUUACACAACCCACAGUCCCAAAGUAUUGGAUAACUUACUCUAUAGAGUUGGGAUUGAGUUGGUUUGGGGUGGGUGACGUCGCGAUAAGCCCUAUGUUAAAAUAUAUUGUUAAAUAAUAAAGAAUCUAGCUUGCACAAUAACUGGCAUAAUUUUGAAUAGAACAACGAUAAUACAAGAUUAAAGGUAAGUAGUUACUAAAGGGUCACUGGUGAAGACAUUUUUAUCGCUCUACUAUUUUUACUUUAGUACAGUAUGCACCUGCUGAGAUGCUUUUUAACAUUUAAGUUUAGUUUCAAUAUUUUUUUAUAUUUUGUUUUCUUUUAAUGUUGUUAAACCUACUAUACGUUUCAUGCGCCGUAAUGUUUUAAAAAAUGGUUUAAAAAUAAUACUAACGAACGAAUUGCAUCAACGACUAUCGCAAUAUGGAGCUAC